AUGACAGAAGAACGAAAGGUGGUGCUGACGGAUAAUCUGGAAAAUUUAAAAGAAGGAGAAAUCGUGACAGAUGCGAAUACUGGAAAGAAAUACAAGGUCAAAAAGAACAUCAUGCCACAUUAUUCGGCUGCUGGCCCUCAUGGAAUUGGAGAUCCAAAUGAUCGAACAUUGAGAAAGAUUGAAGCGGACGUCAUUAUUCCGAAUCGAAUGAACGCGAGAAUCGAGAAAGUUGAAUGUAACGAAACUUAUUUGGGCCUCGUUCAAUGUUUUCGAAAAGAUGGUGCCGUAUCGGGUCUGAAUACGUGCAAACCAGCAUUGGAGUUGUUCAAUCGAUGUAAAUAUGAAAAAUUCCACGAUCCAGAAUUCCGCGCCAAGAUCACCGACGAGUAUUUGAAUGAGCGUUCAGAAGCAAGACGAACGGGAAUGACACCGCAGCAACGAAAAUUAGAAGAAUUCCGACAGUGGAAGAAAGAACAUCAACAGAAUGUUUGA